AGUCUUUCCUAUCAAACCCGAAGUGCAGCUCGAGGGAAACGGUCAGAAUGAAAAGCCACUACUACUCCCACGGGCUAAUGCUGUUUAUAUUCAGCGGAUUGUGUUUUUUACUCAAUGGAGGGGAAGUGGAUUCUACCAGGGAAACUGUCUACAACACCAGGGAAUCCCAAAAUCGUAUGCCAUUUCGAAGAAUAGUUAACUGCAAAAGCUCGGAAUCUGCAGAACAUCUUCCAGUAAGCAAAGACAGCCCAUCUACAACACCAAGUCUUUUAAAUAUUUUAUUUGAGGAGGAUUAUAAUUCCACAAGAAGCCGUUUAUACAGGUCUGGAUUAACAGGAGCUAUUCGAAAGAAUCACUUGGGACAGCCUAUUGUAAGACGUCAAUGGAGAAGGAAUCGUAAAAAUAAUAAUAAUAAGAUUAAAUAAUGGAUUUUUAAGGUACUUUAAAAUCUUUUCUUAAG